AUGUGGCGCUGUGCUGCCAUAGCCAGCACGUGCCGCAUUCCUAAUGGAGUCUUGCUGAAGCUCGCUCUGGCCUCUCUGUCGGCAUUCCAGGCCGUGGCCUCCUGCCCAAGCGUCGGUUCCUCUGGCCAGGGGUGGGACGAAGGGGUUGCACUCGUGCAGACCUUCGCGGAGGCGCGCGCAUGGCGUGACGGUCACCGAGACACGCGGCUGGCUUUCGAACAGCAGAGCGGGCGCAGAUCGGGGCAGCUCCAGGAGGAGCGCACGUGGUCCCGCGGCGGCAGUGUCGUGGUUGGCACCGAGGAGACCGAGCGGGACCAGGAGCGAUUCGUCGGCAACCCUGGCGACCUCGACAUCACCUUCACCAGCCCCGCGGAGCUUGCCUCCGACGUCGGCCACCGGCUUGAGGCUCUGCGGCCGGCGAUCGUGAGCAGCAUCAUGAGGACAAAGACGGAGGCCCAGGCGGAGGCCGAGGCCGCAGUGGCAGUGGCCGAGAGCGUAGCGGACGCUGUCAUCUUGGAGAAGGAGGACAUUCCUGUCUUCGUCAGCCGCCGGCGCCGUCACAGCAGGCCGCGGACGCUGCAGGUGGCGGGCAGCGCCGUCAAGGUCAAGACCAAGGCGCGGCCCCCGAGCAAGAAGCCCAACGUCACGGCCACGGCGGACGAGGCAGCAGCGCAGGCCUCCGCCGCCGCGGCGAGCAAGCAGGAGCAGAUUGCCAUCCUGGGCAUCUGCGUGGGCAUCCCGUGCCUCUCCUUCCUGGUCGUGUUCUUGGUCACCGUCUCCAUCUAUUACCGCAGCAGGAGCUACAAGAUGGAGGCGGAACCAACAGACGCGUCCGCGACAUCCAGCGACCCGUGCGCCAGCCCUCGCUUCGCCAAGCCGACGAUCGAACCUGGCGUGUUCCAGCGUUAUAUCUUCGGCUCAGACAUGAACCAGAAGUUCGCCAAGCUGACUGACGCCUCCCUCCGCGCCUCUGUGGUUGUAGGGCUCUGCGCAAUUUGCUUCUGGACUCCGUCGCUGACCUGGUUGACCAACCAGGGGUGGAGCAUGCAGCACGCAGUCGUUGUCUUUUGUUUUACUUGGUCCACGAAGACCGGGGACGUCGUGAUGUUCUCGUGGUACACGUACGUCGGGAUCUUCAGCGGGAUCAUCAGCGGCCUGUCAAUGUUCGCCGUCUUCCCAGACGGCGUGACAGAGUUAAGCCCGCUUGUUCCUGUCUACUUUGCCGUUGCCCACUUCACGAUCACCUCAUUGUUGUUCUGCUUAUUGAACUGGAACGUUUUGUGCCGACUCUGGGCGCUCUAUCUGAAUGCGUACUUCACCAUGUCCUUCCUGAACCCGCAGAGCUCCACCCACAUCGCCCGCAGCUUCUCCGAAAUCGCCUUCAAGGACGGGCUCGUCGCGCCGCUGAUCGGCACACUGGUAGGAUGCUGCAUGUCGCUCUUCACCUCGUUGGUUCCCUACCCGCUGCUGGCUUUCGGAGAGGCGCAGGACUUGGCGCUGGAGGUAGCUUGGGCGCUCGGGCACCAGUGGGACCAGACUGUGUCUCACUACACCAGCGGUUUGUCCAACUCGGAGGGCGAGAUGAUCGCGGGCACGACAGGGCGGCUGAGCGGCACCAUCUCCCGCCUCGAGGCCUGCGUGCAGUGUUCCUGGUGGGAGUGCUUCGACCUCGGCCGCCCAGGGCGCGUCCGCACGCACCUGGCGCGGCUGGGCCCGACGUAUUGGUAUCUGCACGAUUGGCUCCACGCUGCCACCAUGGCGGCCCAGCAAGACGACAUGAGGAGUUCGGACGCUGCCACUCUGCGGUGCCUGCGGCCGCAUCUCCAGCGGCUUAGCGGCUGCGCCUGGCAGGUGAUGCAACACGCGGUGCGCCUGGCAGUGAGCGGCGAGCUCGAUCCCAGGGAGGCCGCCUGUUUGCAGGCAGAGGUGGCGGAGCUCGAGAGGGCGCAGGAGGAGCUCGCCGCGGCCUUCCUCGGCAUCGAAGGAGGCGCCUGCGCAGAAGACAGGCUGCCGUCGGGCGUGCUGAGCGACCACGCGCUCUGUCUUUCCAUCAAGUCCUACAGCAGGGGCGUUGCGGAAUAUGCGAGGUACAUGCUGGAGGUGGCCGGUGCUCCGAAGCUGUGCGGGGCGGAGGAGGAUCCAGGCGCGCUGCCCGACGCGGCCGUGGCUCUCCUCGAGAGGUCUGCCCGCGGCAUCAGCGUCAGCGAGGCGAGCGGGGCCGGCUUGCAGGACUGGUGGGACCCCAAGGUGCUCCUGAGGUGGGACCACGUCCGCAACACCCUGCGGAUGCUAAUGUGCUUCUCCCUGGCCUUCUGCAUCGGCCGGCUUGGGGUCCCAGGCGUCAUCACUGGCUACAGCUCCACGCCCGCGGGCUGUGCCGUGUUCAUCAUGAACUUCGACGGAACCGGAGGCUCCGCCUUCGUGAAGAAGUUCAGCCGCUUCCAGGGGGUCGCGGUGGGCACCCUCAUCGGGCAGCUGAUAUUCGCACUCCUGGUGAGCUGCAGCAUCACUGGCGCCUUCAUGGGCUUUGUUGGCGUUGUCAUGUUUCAGUUCUUCGCCUUCUACUUCUACUUCUCGUCGGAGAGCUUCUGGUACACUGGCCUGCUGAUCGCCACGUUCGGGGCGAUGCAGGUGCUCACCGCUUGCGAUGGGUUUUCGGACUCGCCCUGGCAGGUGUACCAGGCCCUGGUGGACCAGGUGGUAGCAAUUGUCUGCUGCAUGGUGGCAGACCUCGUCCUGGCGCCACCAGCACCAUCGCAACUGGCGACCGACGCCUACCACGAGGCCGGGAAGCUUGCGCACCAGGCGUUGGCGCAGCUCCUGGAUCCAGACACGGGCGUGAAGGUCGAGCUGCACCGGGACGCGCUCUUCUCGAAGUCGAAGGCUGCCGAGGCGCGGGGCGCGGAGGCGGAGCUGGAGCCGCGCUUCGUGCGCACGCCCUGGCGCCACGGACUGUGGCAAGAGCUGCUGCAUCACACCUUCAAGCUCCUCAGGAAGCUGACCAUCAUGGAGUACGUGGCCGCGAAGACCAACUUCAUCGAUGAGACAGGUGCGAAGGACGAAGCCGAGCAGCGCCACGGCCGCAGCACUGUACGCACCACGAUCAUGAGAAAGAUGCUGAGCCACGCCCUCAGGCCCAACCCAGAGGCUCGAGCCGACAGUGCUCCAAGAAAGGAAUCGGUCGCAGUGCUCCUGCGACGGCCGCUGUUCCAGCAGGCCGCGGAGGCUUUCCUGUCGCGCCGCCAGCUGGUCUUCGACAUGGCCCACCAGGUGAUGAUGCACGAGACGGAAGCGCCCCUGACGCUGGAAUGCAAAAGCAAUGUGCAGCGGCUGGCGCAGGGGCAGACGGCAGAGAAGCUGGUUGAUGCCAAGGCGAUUGUGGAGGAGCCUGAGAUGCUGUCCAUGCCGUCCGACACCGCAGGUGGUUGGGAGACCGCCAACGAGGUAGGAACAUUUCUGCUCAUGAUGGAGCUCGCUCUGCGGGACCUGGACGCCAUGGCGGAGGCCAUGAUGUUCGUGCCGGAGGUGUCACUGGACGAGAUCACCCACGCCGCCCUGCAUCCGCCGCGCAAGGGACUCCUGCGCGAGGCGACGAGCAGAGUGGGCGACGCGGCUCAGUGCUCCGUGGACACGCUCGCUGCCCUGCUGGGGACCGCUGCCGGGCUCAUCGCCGCAGACCUCGAGGGCGCCGACCCCGCGGACGGCGGCCGAGACGAGGAGUCGCCGCCAGCGACACCGCGGCAGCGAGGCCCCCGCGCUGACAGCAGCCACCGAGCCGCCCAGUGA